AUGCACCACCCGAAGGCCUGUGAAGAAAGGAUUAUGCUACCACGAGAACAAGGUGAGCGGAAAAUAAUAGAUACAGAAAAGCAAUUGAUGAAACAAAUACAAACCAUCCGAGAUUUCUUCCAAAAAAAAUCUCAAAGCACCUUGCAUAGCAUAAUUCCAGAUGCAGACCAAAACUUUACGCCCCUCAAUUUACAGGACCAAAACUAUGCACCAACAUCCAUAACCGAUGAACAAAAACAACAUAAAUGGACACAAAAAGUACUACAUGGAUGGUACUAUAAUCAACUUCACCAAGAAAAUGUUGACCAUAGAGAGUCGUUACAUUGGGCCAUCGAAGGGUACUUACAUCUCGAAUCAGAAGAAUUUUUAGUAGCUAUUCAGGAGCAAGUGAAGAAAAUACUGAACGCUGCUAGAUCUAUAAGAAAAAAGUAUUUGGCUUUAAAGCUGGAGAGAAAAGAGGAAGAUGAGGCACUUGAUAGGAUAAUAAACCCUAUAACUGAACCUCUAAGAGAGUUUGUUGAGACAACGGUUGGCAGAAAAGUCCAAGUUAAACAUGAAAAAGUUAAGCUCGAAGCUCCUAAAACGUAUUUUGAAUCUGAACCGAAACUUCCUAGAAAUGUAGAGUUCCAACCAGCAGAGAUUAUUGCUCAAACGAGUGAGAAUUUAAAAAGUGAUGAUGAUGAUGAUGAUGAUGGCGCUGAGGAUGUCUUUUAUGAACCCUUACAACAUUUGAAAGAAGAUCUGCAGAAAUCAAUUCACGAUAGAUCAGGAGCGUAUGAAGAAUUUUUAGAUCAGUAUCCCAAAGUAGCACAAGAGUAUGUAGAUAGAUACUAUAAACAAUCAGAUGAAAUAGACCAUUCUUAUGGCUUGAAACAUGAUAUGAAAACCGAUGAUUGGUCUAUGGGAUCACAAAAAGUCAACUUACUCCCGAAUGGAGAUAUUAAAGUCGGGGGUGUAUCUUAUAAAGGAACGCAGGGCUUAUAUGAUCUUUUAUUUCUGAAAAAGCCGAUCUAUCAGACGGAGGAUGAUAAGUUGCAGUUUACGGAUAUUCUAAACAGGACCAAUGUUCAUCGAAGAGAUUUUGAUCCAUCCAAACAGGUUAAAGGGUCCACAUCUUCAAAAUAUAAACAAUUUGUUAAACCUUUGGUCUCAACAUCAUCUGAAGCAAAAAGGCUUAAAUCAAAAAAGUUACCUUUUGAAACCAUACCUGAAAAUAUCUUGAAAUUUGAGACUAUUCUGGAUAUAAAAAGCUACGCAAAAGAUAGUGAAAUAAUAUUUAUUAUCGAAGUACCUCUGGUAGAAAAAGAAAACUACAAUUUUGUUCAAUUGUUUCCUUUACCAACACCAACCAAUAAAUACUUUAAAAUGUUGAUUCCUAAUUUCCAAUAUGUCAUAAUUAAUGAACAUAAUUUUGGUUAUUCGAACACACCUUGUAAGAAAAUACUCGAUAAUGAAUAUUUGUGUAAACACAUACACACAGAAAUAUUGUAUAAGAAUUUACCAUGUGAAUUGCAAUUGUUAACUUAUCAGCAUAAUAUCACAAAUUGUAAUCCAAUUCUUGUGAAAAUCGAAAGUGUUCAAGUGCAAAAUAUCGAUGAAGGAAAGUGGAUAGUGAUUACUGAUAAAGAGCAGCAUUACAACAGUGCGGAAGUAAAAAAGAAAAUGUGUUUUUUGAAUGGAACUCAUUUAGUAGAAAUCAAUUUCCCAUGUAGUUUGAAAAUUGCUGCCAUCAAGUCUUAUAAAAAUAUUAAUCACAAAUUUUAUGUUUUUUCCUUUACCUAA